CCGGAUCACGGGGGAAGGUUGCAACUAUUGAACAGAUUUCUCGGUACGUUUCCUUUGUUUUCCAUUGAAUAUGGCUGCCAUAUUUAGUUUAGAUGUAUGUUUUCGAAUGUACGAUGCGAGUUGGCGCAAUUGCCGUGCGUGCUCGUAGCCGAAAAACGCGAAAACAGUGCCCGCGAAUGCCGAAAAGUGUUUAGUUGUGUUAUGGACCAGUUAAAUUCCAGUGGCGCAUUGAGUUCGAAUAGAAAAUGCUUAUGUUUACAUCGGUGAUAGAGAACGUUCGAUUCCGUUUUUGUUAGUUAAAAAGAAAACGAGUUUGACCUGGAGGGUUGUGAAGUUGACCACGGCCACCAGCAGCAAGCGCCGAAUAAACACGAAUUUUGCCCGAAUUGUUCGUAACAAUGUCGACUGCAAUGCAGCGCGCAGAUCUGCCGAUAUGAGCGUUUGUUUGGAAAGCAGUAGCAACACAGUCGUGCUGCCGGCGCCGGUGGUUGGUAAAAUAACGCCGGAAUCCAAUAAGAAUGAGGAUGGAGCGACAAAUACGAACAGCACCUCCACCACCGCCGUUGUCAAGCCGGUCGCUGGUAGCGUGCCGACGAAGGCGGGCAUCCACAAUGUGGACCUGCAGGCGAAGGUCAACUCUAAUACAUCGGUAAUCACCGUGGUGAAUACACCGAUUACUGUAGUCAAGAGUAUCGGCGGUGCGGCCGUUGGUGGCACCCCAUUUUCAAUAAACCCCGCCGCUUCGAAUCCAUCCACAAUUACUCUAGUGAGUACAACGCCGGUGGCAAAAGGUGACAUCACCAAUAAUGGCGGUCUGCCUGUUGCCCCUGUCAAUGAUAAACAACAAUCUGGCAUUCAUAAUGUCUUCGUUAAAAAGAGCGCACCAGCCGAGGGCGGCGGUAUUUCCGUGCCGGACAUGCCACAGUCUCAUAAAUUGCUGACGGCGAACCCGUUUCCACCUACAAACAUCUUACAGAAAAUGUCGCCUACUAUCGCCAAGACGCAAAAUGGUCAACGUGGUGGGAAAUUAAAAAUUCUUGGUCACCAUAUUGUGCAGUCGGAGAAACAAUUACCACCUUCCCAUCCUUCUACCACCGCUAAUCCAGGCCCUAGCCAUGUGAUACUGAAUAAGAACCAGCGCUUCUUUCAGCAAAAAAUUGUGGGCAAUGGUGCUACCAAGUACCUGACCAAACCUUUGCCUGAUUCAACGGGCGCGGCUAAGCGCAUUUUGUUCCAUGGUAAGUCUGCGACGGCGGGCACGACUGGUGGACUUGAAAUUAAACCAGUUCCGCAACCAGCGAGCGUACAACAGCAAAGGUCGGGAAUUAAAACGAUACCACCGCAGCGACCUGGUCCCAAUAAACCCAACUAUAUAGGUAAACAUGCCGUGCAGGCGCAGAAAAUAAAACCGAAGCUCAAGCCCAAGGUGCCCGCUCAACCGCACACGAGCGCUACCCCUGUGGUGGUCAAGUCGCCAGUUCGUCCAGCGCCCGAUCAGAGCGCGCAGACCAUUUUUAAUCAGGCACUCACUGCGCAAAUACUCGAAACGCUCUCGGACAAGGAUUGCGCUAAACCGCAUCCCAGUAAUUCGUACGGUAUGAAGUAUGAACCGAGUUUGCCUAAACCGGACCCGCCGGCUGUGUUACCAAUGCAAUUGGAAACACAAGAAGCAAAGCGUCGACAAUUGAGUACGUUGGAUACGCUCAGCUUUGUAUGUCAUGCGGUGUUACUGGAUCAUAAUUACAACGCCACUUUGCCAUCUGAACCGCCGCCUAAACCGGUGGUGCCGGUGCCUACCACACCGCCCAUCAAUGGAGCACAGCAUCAACAUCAGCACCCACAUCCGCAUCCGCACCCUCAUCAACAGUUCUCUCCCAUCCCGAACUAUCCGUCAAAUAUGCCGAUUGUGAAGCGCAAUCGGACAACAUCACAAAGUACGCCGGUGCUGUUGCAGCAUCCGCACGAGGACGACGCUGCGUCCGAUAUCAGCGAGCACAAGGAGGAGAGUGAAGGUGAAGAGACUGAUACGGCGCCAGAGGCCGAGGCUGUCGCCAACGAGGGCAACGACCGAUACGGUGAUUACGUUACGCGUUGUAUCUGCGGUUUUAUCCACGAUGACGGCUUUAUGAUCGAAUGUGAUAAAUGUAAAGUAUGGCAGCAUGUGCGCUGCGUGGUGAAGACGAAGAAGGUACCGGACGAUUACUCGUGCGAGGAGUGUGACCAACGGCCUGUGGAUAGGCAGAAAGCGCGAUCAUUGCAACAGCAGUGGAUGCGCGAAAUUCAAGAGCGCGACGCUAAGUUGCGAAAGGAACAGAUGGCGAUGUCUGAUUCGGAUUCAUCAGAUAAUGAAACUCAGAAUAAAAAUCGACGGAAGGAGCCACCGCGACGACAGCGGCGCGAUUCGCUCAACAAUCGAGCGCGACCUGGUAAGCGGAAGGAGCGCAAAAUACCUAAUAAACGCGCCGCCAAAGCAAAACCACCGGCGAAGAGCGAUGACGAAAAAGUACCGCAGAUUCGGCAGUGGAUCGAAAACUAUGAGGAGGCCAUGACGAACCAUUACUCGCCGGACUUGCGCUCACGGAUAUCCAGUGCGCGGCUUAACGGCGCGCAUUCGGAAAUACCUGGCGGCGUGGAUUUGGCUGUGAACAAGUGUAGGGUGCAAGCGAAUCCGGCCGCCACUGUACGAUUCCUUGUGGCGUCGGUAUCGCUUCCGAUGGGUACGCCGGUGAUUGAGCUGCGCGGAAAGUACAUGCUCUCUACGCAACAUCGAUCCACCACACGACAGCAGCGACCCGGGCCGUUCCUCUUCUUCCAUACGCUGAUCAAAGACACUGAGGUGUGCGUAGAUACGCGCACCUAUGGAAACUGCGCGCGGUUUGUGCGACGCAGUUGCACGCCUAAUGCCAAGUUGCAACAUGUCUUUGAAAAGGGUAUUCUGCAUCUAUUUAUUGUGACCACAAAGAGCGUGGAAAAGGGAUCCGAGCUCACGAUUCGCCAUGAAAGCCAUGAUCUAGCCGCGGCACAACUUACAGAAGUUCCGUGCGCUUGCGUUAACCCAGAGUAUUGUGCUCUUAUCAAAGGCUAUCGUAGGCACAACGGUGAUCUUCAAACGCCACCACCACAAGAGACCAAGAAACGGAGGGGUCGCCACAGUCGAGAUCCUCCGACGUCUCCCCCAAUUCAACCUCCUGCUCCAACAACGCCAACAAUUACAGAUCCACCUGUACCGGCAGAGCCUGAACCCGAAGUGAAUGAAGAAAAUGCAAAUCCUGAAGUUGACGAAACCAGAAAGGAUGACGCUGAAGAAGUUCCUCCGGUGCCUGAGCCGGAAGAAGAAAGAGAAGAAGUUGCGGAACCCGAGAAAGAGAUUACUGAGGAACCGGCGGCAGUUGAACCUCCUCCUGUAAUAAAUGAGGAAAAUAAUGAAGACAGGGAGGAGGAGGAAACUCCAGCUCCCAAAGAAACGCAGCCGCCACGGCAACCUCGUCACAUUUCCACGCGGAGGGCUUCCAGGCAAUCGCAGGAACAGCCUGAAACUGGAGCUGCGAAUCAUCCUAAUGAUAAAAAGCCGAUGUCUCGCGAGGAGCGAAAAAUGGCGGCUAUUGUAAAGGCCAUAGAGCGACUAGAAAAACAAGAGUUGCGCCGUCAGGAGCACCAAGCGAAACAGGCAAAUCGAAGAGAACCCGAUUCUGCAAAGGAAGACGGACCUAAGACGAAACGAAGAAAGCGCAAAGGUCGUGCGCGAACUACCAGCACCAGUACGCGGCGCAACCGGUUGGACUCUGCUGACUCUGUGCACAGUUCUGAUGAUACAUUGCUGUCACCACCCUCGGAAGCAGCGUCCCCAUCGAAAGCAGCCGGAAUGUUGCUUGCACUCGCAAAUGGAGAGUGUCGGAAAUCGCCGGAUCGCCAGGAUUCAAAUUCGAAUUCUGCGCAAUCUUCACCUGAAACGCCAUUGUCAGCGGCUUGUCUCAUGGUGGCGGCAGCAGUUGAGCCACUGGAACCUGGCUUUAAAUUUCCUAAAACGAAAAUACUCAUGAACGAGUGGCUGAAUAAAUCAGACGUAGUCCAACCAGCCAGUGCAAUAUCGCCGUCGUCACUCACGCCCAACAUGGACGCUAAUACUAUAUUUGCGUCUGCCACUGCUUCACCAGCAAAAUGUCUCACCGCAUUGGCACAGGCGGCAACUUUCUGUGACCAGCAGCGGUCUGGCAGCGCAAAGAAACGCUGGUUGCGGCAGGCAAUCAGUGAGGAUCAAUGCGAUAGUCCACCGCAAGCGGAUGCUGUAGCGCCACCCAAGAAGCGUAAACUUCCAAGAGAAUCGCUUUCGUGCGAGUCUUCACCACCUACAACACCAACAACAAACGCACCCUCACAGGUGGAGAUAGUUACGCAUCAAGACGAGGACGGUACGCCGCCAAUAGAAUCUGACGCAUCAUUAAGUGAACUAGUAUCAGAUAUGCGGCAGGAGUAUGGAAGUUGCAUUCAGUUGGCGCCAAUGGAACCCCCCGCUCGGGAGGCUACUGAAUCCCCGCCACCUGUAGUUGAGGAAACUGUAAUGGAGACGCGGGUUGUUUCGCUGGUGACCACGCCAUCAGUUGACACCACUUCGGUGACAUCGACGGUAUCAUUAAAUCCCAUCGUAACUGCCGCAACGACUACACCCAGUCGAGCGAUUAUGGAUCCUCGUUUAGCGCCGAGGAUAAGUACCAGUGAACUAGUUGGAAAAGUUGAGAAGACCUUAAGUUUUCUAGGCUAUGAAGAUAAGAAACAGUCGGAAGCAAUAACUCCAACCAAACGAAAGUUGUCAAUCACCGAGUAUCGACAACGAAAGCAGCUCAACAAUAACGAACAGUGUGCGUUGCUCGCAGACGACGCGGCGUCCAUAACAGAGGAAAGCAAUUCGUCGCAAUCUCCGAAGCAGCGGACGCGAUCAAACAGCGUUAGCAGCGCUACAUCGUCGUCCACAUCGGAGGACGAACAAACCAAUUCUUUAAGUCAAUCAGCACCCGUAAAUGUUAAAGCGCUAUCAGCAUUCAAUUCGGAACCAACCGAACUGGAGAGGCAACGGGAGAGCAAUUUAAUGCGAUUUAAACUUGCUCUCCGAAUGCCUCUUUCUGAUCAACCAAAAAAUAUUGUGUUAGAUGUUGACACGAUUUUAAAGAAUGAAAUCCCAACACCGACGAAGACAUCGUUAUCGUUGGCAUCGCCAAACUUUCCGAUUCCAGGUCGGGACGAGUCUAUGAACUCGAAUGCAUCACUGGAGAAGGUGCUGUCAAUGGAGGAGACGAGCAAUUCGUUGCCUCCGCGGUUAGAGCCCGAAAUUGACUUCACCGACGAGAAAACCACGAAAAUGACGAAGAACAUCGCCGCCAGUAUGGACGAAGAGACGCAGGACGGUGGUCAAGAUCAACUUCUUGAAGAACGAAAGGUGUUAUUUUACACGCCUGACGACGAGGAAGCUGCUGAAGGCUCCACGUAUGUGCCGCCUUUCAACAAUCCGCUUUAUCCGAAUACAAGCUACACCUAUGGAUCUGUAAUCGAUGACGAUGCGCCUUACGAAGGUCGAAAUCCAUCGCCGCCACCGAAUUUGCGGGCGAAUCCGUCGUAAAACCCAGUGAGACUCGAUUCGAGUUGAAUGAAAGAAAGCUUUAAGUUGCCUAGCAACGAACAUUUCGAACGCGCGUUGCAAAGCACAACACAAAAAUCCCACUCCACCCACAUAAAUUAUUUGAUCCCAGUGGUUUUUUUUUGUAAUUAGCGACGGCAAGCGAUGCGAGUAUAUUAAAGUACAAAAAUACACAUGAUACGGAAAAAUUACACAACGGUCGAUCUCGAGUUUUACAGUUAAUAUAUAACACGCUAAUUUACAAGUAACAGACAUGCAGAAGUGCAGUAAUGUAUUAGUUUUGUUGAUUUUUCUUUUUCAAGCAUAAGACUAUUUUUAUGUUUAUUAUAUUAUAAUUGAUAAUGAUAUUUGUAAAUGUGGUAUUUUUAGUUUUUGCAUAUACAUGUAUAAAUAGUACAUCUUAAAACACAUAUAUUUUCUAGAGAAACACAACUUUUAUGCACACGCUGAUACGACACGAUCAGAACAAAUGUAUAGACGAAAGCGUUGCUGUUACAAUUAAUUGUCAGAAUUGUUAAUCUGGAGUGUUUUCAUUUGUGAAUAAUGUGAGUGACGCCGACCGAACAUUUCGACGGAAACCAAUUGUUAAUACAUAUGAUAAAAUAUAGAUCGAAUUUUGAUUCAGAACACUAGAUUAAAUAACCGUUUGGGUAGUAGUCUCUAAUAGCGUAGGUAGAUUUUUUUACAAGGCAGAUAUGCAUUGAGUGAAAUUUCUAGAAAUUGACAUAGUGUCGAACGGUAAAAGCGCAUUUUGUAUUGUUUUCGAGUAUUCCUAGAGUCUGUUUAAUUUUUGUUUAUACUGCAUAAGAAAACAUUCACCAAUGCUUAAUUGCGAUGACGAGAGUACACAAGUUGAUUCUUUAAGUAAACAUUAAAACAAAUGGUACAAAAUUAUUAAAUGAAACAUGCAUCACACUUCUAAUCCAACUUGCAUUUUAUAUUUGCGAAAACGCGUGUAAAAACUUAGGCAAUUCUUAAAGAAUCAAAUGUCUCAAAUAUCUGUAUAUUUUCGUAUUGCUCGAAGCGCAAAUGAAUUGCGAGCGUCGAGUUGUAAAUUUUAUAUAAAUCGAAAAAUCAAAUAUGGUGUGGAGAAUGAUGGGGUGUGAAGAUGUGCGACCAUCAGAAUCGAUGAAUUUAGCGACGGAGAAUCAUUUUGUAAAUUUUCACAUGUGCAAUUCAAAUGAUUGCGCCCUAUGCAUAUACAUACUGAUUAAUUAUGCUCAUGUUGAAUAAUGCGACGCAUAUAAACUAAUAGUUUUCAUGAAUACUUAUUAAUCAAUUUAGAAUGUGACAAAGCAAUUGUUAAUUGAAGUUUAAUUGAACGCUAAAUUGAUUAAUUCACAGAUGUAAUAUAUAUUAAACAAUUAAGACUCGAUGAUAGUGUGUGUAGUUGUUACUUUAUGACUAAUAUUCUUCUUGCAAAGUAACAUCGACAAUUACAUACUUGAAAACUUAUUAAUUCUUUUGUAAGCUUUUGUAAAUAGUGUAUUCAUUAAUUUUUAAUUCAUGAUUGAAUAGUAAUUGUUAUAAGUGACAGCUGUAAGCGAAAUUUUAUAACGACAUACAACCAGGAAUCGAAACUCAAUAGUAAAUUUAAAUAGUAAUCAAUAGGACAGCUGAUUGGUGCUCGUCGUGUUUCGGAAGCAGUUUCAUUUCAUUUACAUUUUUCAUCUUUAUUUAAAUGCAUGAUUAGAGUUAACAUUUCGAAGAACAGAAAGAUUGUUUUCUGUUGCACUGCGCAACGUCAAUUUACAAUAUGUUUGUGUAAGGAAUAGAUCACUAUUGAUAAUUCAAUUUAAAUUCAGACUAUAACAAUAGGCGUAGAUUGUAAAACCGCAAACAAACGAAUGAUAACUUAAUGAUGAUACACGGAACGGUAGAGUGAUUAAAAGUUGCUCGAAUUUAUUUAAUUUUUAUGUUAUUUUUGUCACAAUAUACUUGUACAAUUAAUUUGGGUUUGCCAAUUUGCCUAGGACCGAUUUCAAUCGAUUUUGUUUGGUUUUUACUGAUAUUUCGAAAUUUCAUAUUUCUUGGCCAAUACAACAAUUGCCAUCAGUGACGAGUAUGUUUGGUGAAACGGUUUGUUCCGAAUGUUUUUCAUAUUGUUUUCUUUUCCAUUAUGUUAUCCUAAAUUAAGGCGUUGUAUAAAUGUACAAAUUUUCUUAAAAAUAUUAGGAAAUGUUUGAAAAAACAAAGGAUUCUUUUGCGAUAUUUGAACAAAUUGGAAAAUGAAAGUCAGAUACUCAAGGAAGGCGAUUAUUAGUAAGGUGUAAUGAGUAUAAUGCCUUUCACUACAUCAGGCAGAACAGAUUGAAGAGCGAUCAGUAUUAAUUACAAAUUUAAGAAGUGUUUAACUAUGAUUUUGUUUUAGAUUAAUGAUACAAUAAGUUCAAAAUGAUGUUUUGUGAGAAGACGCCUUUUAUUGAUAAGCCAGCGUUCUGUGAAAAGAAAAAAACAUGAAUUGGUAAUUCGGCACUGCGAUAUUACUUUUUUUUUUUACUUUUGCAUUAUUUUUAAUUAAAAUUAGAUUGCAUCGCUAGCAGGUGAUAAUGAUGUUUCGAAACCGUGAACACUUGAUGAGAAAUCCGUAUCGGCGAGUCGCGUCAGAAUUCAUAAAUAAAUUCAACUUUUCAACGAUUUAAUUAAUAUGAUUGAAUAUUAAGGAUAAUGAAUAUAAAACUAUUUUAAUAUAUUAUAUAUUAUUACAUACAUAUAAAUAUUAUAAAUACAACAUAGUAUAAUAUAUUAUUAUAAAUAUUAUAAAUAUUGGCUGUACAUAAAUAUUAAAGAAACAAUUUGAUGUUAUAAUUAAUUAAUACAAAAUGAAUGAAUACAAAAAUAAA